GUAUAGAUCUGUUACUCCUGUAAUAAGAAAUAUUCAAUAAAAGGUAUAAAUUUAUAAUUAUUGCAAUGGAUUUUAUUGAUUCAAUGAAUCCCUGAUUUAAUGAAGAAUGAACUGGUCGUUCGCCGUUUUUUUUAUUGUUCACCAUCUCCAUUAGUAUUUUUAAUUCUUCAAAUUUCUUCUCGCAAAUAAUAUUUCUCGUGAAGCCUGAGUGUUGGUUCAGAAAAUGGUGAUCCACUGCAAGCCCCUCCUCCUGUGAUCGAUACUCUUAUUACAUCACAUGUCAAAUUGCGCACGUAUAGCAGAUACUGGGAAUGGGUAUACCGCAGAAAAUUUCAUUUGAAACCCAUUAAAAACUAUUAAACCAAUUUUCAACUCCAGCAUUUACAAGUGCUCGUGAACAAUGCCGAGUCAGAGAAAGUUACUGUUGUAUUGGUCGUAUCACAGACAGGUGAAGGGAUGUCUCUACCCCGUAGGUCUGUGGCCAUCAGAAAAGCCUAAACUCUGGUACCGCCUGUUACCAUACGCACAAUUGUUCCUAAGCGCAAUAACAGUCGUAGCAAUAAUGAAUUAUCUGGUGCAUCACAUACGCAACUGGAAUAUUGUGAUCAGAGUGAUAAGUCUGUUGGCAUCAACAUCACUUUACAUUUUCAAACUAUCCCAGCUGAUGAUACACCGGCGAGAGAUCCUAGACAUCAGUAAAAUUCUCAAUGACUACUCAUCUCGAAUAAUAAAUGAGGAGAGAUCAUUGAAUUUCGCAUGGGAAUGGGUAAAAGUCUGUCUCACCUGUGGUCGAUCUAUAAUUAUCAUGGUGUACGGCAGCUUCUUCGUCCUCUUGGUCAUCAUCCCAGCUGUCGUAAUUUUCAUCCAAGAAAUGGGACAUACGGAGAACAUAAAGUACACGUUAGUGUAUCCGACGAUGUACCCUUGGGACACGUCAACGAAUGGAGUGGCCUACAGGAUAACUUACCUCUUGGAAUCACUCACAGCACUCAGUUGCUGUCAUGUCACCUCUGGAGUUGACAAUUUGUAUUUGUUCUGGAUAUUCCAAACAACCGGUCAGCUCCGGGCGAUGUCCUACCGUCUGCAUCAUAUCCGAGAUGGAGAUAAUUACGACGAUAUUCUGAAGGACAACAUCAUUCAGUACGGAACGUUAAUGCGAAUUCGUAAUCAAUUGGAAAAUAUCUACGGACCUAUCAUCAUUUUUUGCAAUGGGAGUGCUGCAGUUCUCCUCUGCACCCUGAUAUUUCAGCUGAGCAAGGCAAGUAAAAUCAAAAAAUCCCAUAGCAAUAUGAACUAGCUCUAAAUAUCAGCCUCAGAUUUUAUUCGAUCUCUGAAUGAUUGCACCUCUCUGUCCAGGCAAGUUCAUUAACAAAAAUCCAAAUAGCGAGAUUCACACUCUACGCUUUUGGAAAAAUUUUUCAAGUCUAUCUCUUCACUUGGCCGGGAACAUUUCUUGCUGCAGAGAGUGAGAAUUAUCUCAGAAGCGUUUACUUGUCCGAUUGGAUUAAUCAUCCAUCAUGCACAUCAUUUGUGAUGACAAC